AUGUCCCUCUCACUUGGUAUUCCUACCGUUUCUCCCGUCGUCGAAUCUAGCGAUGACAAUUCCGUGCACGACAGCACUCAUCACGCCCAGCGUCAUCACAAUAAUUCUAGUAGGGGAAUGAGAACCAUAGACCCCAACUCUCCUGAUGAUUCAUCAUGCCUCCCACCCGUGGUGUAUCAUAUGUCGUACUACGCAAAGCGGGCUAGCUCAAGGUUCAGGCCCUAUCAGCUGGGCAAGCAGGUUCCUACAGCCCUGGAGCACCGUUUCAUGAUGAAAAACAUUCUGAAACACAAUGAGGCUGAUAUCAGUCUGAUAGACGUCCAGCAGGGCAAAGAGCUCUUCGAAAAAGGGAUACGGCAUAUGUCAAAUGCGACUCUCCAGUCAGCUGUCAUCGCAAAGCGAGCCGAUCUUGAAAGCAAGCGCUUGCACGCUCUCGCAACAGCAUGGGACCUCGAGUCAACUGUAAGGCACGAGGCACUUCUUCAAACAAUCAUGAAGGAUAAUGCGGAACGGGAUCUUGAUAGCCUGGCAGAGGCAGCCUUUUUCGAAUCAGUGAUGGCCAAACGUUCCAAUCAGCAGCUCGAAGAUGACGCGGACUUCACCAUCGCUGCAUAUACUGAGGAUCUCACAGCACAUAGUAUUGCGGACAAGCAACUUGAUCAUCUAGAAGAGAUUAGCGCUGAGCGGGGCUUGGCCUUGGAGGACACUGACGAGAAGAUCGCGGAAGAUAUCGACAAUCGCUUCGAUGGAUACUUGGAUUCCGUGCUGGGAAAAGGGUAG